ACCGCAGCAGCGGGUCAUAUCUCAUGCUCAACUUGACGUCCACUCCAACAAUUCACCUAAGCUGCUUUAGCAUUAGCGCUGUUUUUAUACCUCUUAAAUUGUAUUGUAGAUCCAUCUCAAGCUCUAGUCUCCUUUCAAGCCGCUGCCAAGAGAGUUCCAAUGAUAGAGUGAUGUUAAAGGGGAAUCUUCUGGGAUAGGUAAAGAAAGUUAUUCUUUUCUGCACUUGGAAAUUUUAGUUCUGUUUAGUGCAAAAAUGUUGAAUGUAUAACUUCAACAUGCUGUGAUGGCUAAGGAUAAUUUAUCACAAUCCAUCAAUUGUGGAGUUGGUGGUGCAAGCCACUCACCUACUAAGAGUGAAGACUCGGGGGCUCAUUCACGUUACAGUCUAGACAAAGAGACAGGUUCAGCAACUUGUCGUGUGUGCCAAUGUACUGAAUCUGAUAAAAGGGGAGAUGCUGUAUUGGGAUUUUUGGGCAUCAUUAGCCCAUUGCAAGAGUCUUGUAAAAGUAGUGGAGCAAUAAAGCUUCAAAGCAAAGAAGUGUCAAUACACUGUGAAACCAAUGAUUUCCAUAGCAAAAAUGCGGGAAGAGAAUUUGGAUUAAUUCAGUUUGUUAGCCCUGAGGGGGAGGUUUUCAUUUGUAGUACAGAUUUGGAAAUGGGUUCAUGUCAUCAACAAGACUCAUUAAUUGAACUUGGUUGCUCUUGCAAAAAUGAACUUGCUCUAGUACACUAUGCUUGUGCACUCAAAUGGUUUGUUAAUCAUGGAUCUACUGUUUGUGAAAUAUGUGGAUGCGUUGCAAAAAAUAUCAGGAUGGUGGACUUCAAAAAGGUUUUGGUUUCUUUAAAGGACUAUGAAGCAUUAAGGGAAAGGACUACCACUGGGGAUCCCAAUCCUACCCAGGUUCAUGCGAGUUUAGGUGUAGAUCCUGAUGCUGUUGCUGCUAUCAGAAGGCAACGGCUAAGUGAGAUUUCAAUGUGGUUUAGUCCACUCGGUAACAGUGAUCACAAUAAUUCUAAUGCAGUUUCACAGGUUGUUUCUGAACAACCUUUGAAUGCUGUCACUGAAGAUAUUGUCCCUCCUGAGAAUCUUGCAACCAAAUGGGCUGUGGAAGGUACUGGAAUUUUGCUUGCUACUGGGCUGCUGACUGUUACUUUAGCAUGGCUCAUUGCUCCCCAUGUUGGAAAGGCAUCAAAACAACAAUCAUCCUCGUCUAUUACCUUUACUGCUCAACCUAGUAAUUCCUUUCCUGAAAACUGCAAGAAGUGGUCUUCACAUUCUCCUUGGAGGCGUCUGUGCUUUAACAGUUGUGAUCUUCUUUCGCUUUACUGUGCUCACUCGAAUCAAAUAUGGACCUGCACGAUACUGGGCUAUCUUAUUCGUCUUCUGGUUUCUUGUAUUUGGUAUAUGGGCUUCACGAACCCAUGGUGCACAUACAACCUAAUUUCUUUGUACAUCAUUGUGGCAUGCAAACUUAUUCUAUGUUUGGAUAGAUUGUUUGGGUAUGUUAAAUGAAAAUGGAUUUGGAUUCAUCCAAAUCCCAAAUGUAUAAGAAAGCUUAAAAUAACUAGACUGAACUCGUUAUUUCAAAUCCGGUUCUCGCAAUGGAAUUCUCAUGAUAGAAGCAGAAACCUCUGGUUGCUGCCUCUUGCUCCAGGUUUCUACCUCUCUCCAUCUCGUCACUAUCCGCUUUCUUUCCAUCUUCCCAUUGAUACCCCUCUCUCACGUUGUUGCUACCCUCUUUCUCUCUCUCUCUCCUUCGGUGCCUCUCUGUCUCUUGCCCUUGCUCCAGCUCAUCUUACACUAUGUCACUAGCUCUCUCUGUCUCUCUCUUCAGGUACAAUUUUAACAUUGCUAAUUAGAUUAUUGGUUGUAUUUGAUUAUUAGGAAAGUAGGAAAAGGGAAUUUCUAUGGAUUGUAAUUAAUUUCACUUUAAAUCUGUGUAUGGAUUACAGAUUAUUCCUAAUUGAUUGUAUAUGGAUUACAGUAUGAUUAUGCUUAAUUGGGUUGAGUUCCCUUGUACAA